UCUAUCCAGAUACCAAUCAAUCGAACCCGAAUCGAUCAGAAGACGAGCCAAUACUGAACACAGCCUUGUUACCGCGCAAAGAAAGAACUUUACCGUGCCAUCAAAAACCCCGCAUACACUCACACCAUCUUCUUAUUGGUCUCAAUAAGCACUCAACCGAUACUAUACCAGAUUGUACAAUGGACAUACGUGGAAGAUUGAAAACAGUCCAGUUUUUCCAAAGUCCAUUGGGGUAGUGGUGCACCCCAAAGAAAGGAGUAGGGCACGAGGUGUGCUCGACCAUAUCAUCCGACUUUUACAUACAUAACGCAUACGAGAUACCCUCCGGAGAGACCAUCUAUAACCGCAAAUUUUUGCCCCUUGCUUAGAUACAUCGCCCAAGUUAGGGCUGGGCGAUUGCAUUACAUUUCCGUGCCUUGAGGCCGGAACAGCCGACAUGAUCAUGGCCCUCCGGAGGUGGCAGAAUCUCCUUGGUCGAGGCGUCAUGGCGCUGCUUCCCCCAGCAAACUUUCUCACCCUUCACUAUGCUUAUUUCAUAGCUGUAUCCAUUGUAUGCAGCGUCAUAUUUUGGGGCGCAUCUACGCCUCCCCGCAGCGUAUCAUACGCGGAUUCGCUGUUUAUGUGCGUCAGCGCCAUCACUGGGGCUGGUUUGAAUACUGUGGAUCUAUCUACACUGAACACCUUUCAACAGGCUAUCAUGUUCACACUUCUCAUUGCCGGGCAUGCUAUCCUGAUAUCUAUCACCGUCUUGAUCGUUCGGAGACGGGCCUUCAAGAAAAAGUUCAAAGGCAUCUUGGAGGACCGUGACAUGAAACGCGCAACCCACGGUGCUGUCGUCACGCAUAAUGGUGGGGCGGCUGUGGACGUUGAGAGCCACAGGAAGACACUGUUAGCUCCCCCGGCUACUAUGGCCGAGGGGCAGCCAAGUUCCCGCAACGAUGAACACAUCCACUGGGCUGAUGAUGGAGAUGUGAUUACUCUGGCGAGCAUGCAGACCCGCCAAAGCCAGCACCACCAUCGGGUGUUUCCGAUGGUAGGAGUCGGCGCGCGGUUGGAUUUGAACAACCACCCGCGAGACGCGGCCCCAAAUACGCCCAAUAAUGACGAGAAGGAGGAACCCCGGCUGACAGGUGUGCUCUCGGGAACGCCCAAAGAUCCUGCAUCGGAAGCAUUGGUUUCACGGAACUCGCAGUUUCAUGGCCUCACCCUGGAAGAGCGGGAGCAGCUCGGUGGGGUGGAGUACAAAGCCUUGUGUUUCUUGUCCGUAAUCGUUCCUCUGUACUGGGGAAUGUUCCUUAUCAUCGGUAUUAUCGGGGUCGGAGGUUGGCUGGAAGUAAAUCAUCCUGAUAUACCUGGGAGAAACGGCCUCUCUCCAUUCUGGACGGGCGCCUUCUUCGCGGUAUCAGCUUUCGUGAACAGCGGAAUGGCCCUCUUGGACGCGAACAUGACCGCCCUGCAGACAAGCGCAUACCCACUGCUCACCAUGGGGUUGUUGAUUCUUGCCGGGAACACACUCUAUCCGUGCUUCCUACGCCUCAUCAUCUGGACGAUGAGAAAAAUGGUUCCGGAUCAGCCGUCGUGGGCGACCUGGAAACUGACCUUGGACUUCAUCUUGAACCAUCCCCGGCGGGUGUACACGAACCUGUUUCCGCGACGCCAUACCUGGUACCUACUAGGCACGGUAAUCAUCCUGAACGGGAUCGACUGGGCUGGCUUUGAGAUCCUCGCGAUCGGCAACAAAGCACUCGAGAGCCUCCCCCCAGGCUACCGCGUCCUCGACGGACUAUUCCAGGCCCUAGCCGUCCGCGCCGGCGGUUUCUACGUCGUCACGAUCGCCGACCUUCGACAAGGCCUACUAGUCCUCUACGUCCUAAUGAUGUACGUCUCAGCAUUCCCGCUCCUCAUAACAAUGCGAAACACAAACGUAUACGAGGAGCGCUCGCUGGGAAUCUACGCGCACGAGGACUCAGUCCACGAGACCAACCCGUCCACAGCAUCCCCCAACGCCCUAAUCGACCUAGUCCGCCACCACUUCCUAGGCCGUCAAGACGCAGGCACAGCCGAGUCCUCGCGCGGCUACUUCGUGCACCAACAGCUCCGAUCCCAACUCAGCCACGACGUGUGGUGGAUUGCGCUAGCCGUGCUAUUCAUCGCCAUCGCCGAGGCGCCCCACUACACCGAGAACCCAGUCGCCUACUCGACCUUCAACAUCAUCUUCGAGGUCGUCUCCGGGUACGGCUGUGUGGGCGUCAGCGUGGGCUUCCCUGGUAGCAAUUCGUCGUUUUGCGGCUCGUGGCACACGGUCAGCAAGCUGAUCCUUGCGGCUGUUUGCCUUCGUGGGCGCCACCGCGGCCUCCCUGUUGCUAUUGAUCGCGCUGUCAUGCUGCCUAGUGAGUCGCUGGCGUGGGCGGAGGAGGAAGAUGCUGUGUUGAGACGGGAGCAGACGCGUACGUGGGGGCCGGAAAAAAUGCCUGUUGGGGCUGCUUAGUGGGCUGGUUGGAGUGGGAUUUUCUUUUCUAUGUUCAAAAUUGCAGUUUCAUUUGGUAUAUUGUAUGUUAGUCUUUAAUAUUGUUGUGAUUGGCUGCUUGGGAAACCAGUCGAAUCGAGUUUGCGUGUGUGCACAAGAUUGAUGGAAUUUAUCAAGAUUUCGGAGUUCUAAAUAAGGACUUGCAAAUCUGCAAAUGUAUGAAGAGGCAAGUGUAUUACAAUAAGAG